AUGGCCAUGAAGAAUUAUACCGGAGUGCAUGAAUUCAUUUUUGUUGGAUUUAGUGAUUUGCCAAACCUACAGAUCCCACUCUUUGCUUUUUUCCUAAUGGUAUAUAUUAUCACAGUGAUUGGAAAUGCUGGGAUGAUCCUAUUAAUCAGGAUGUGCUCACAACUUCAUACCCCCAUGUACUUCUUCCUAAGCAAUUUGUCUUUUGUAGAUCUCUGUUACUCUUCUGUUGUCACACCCAAAAUCCUACUAGACAUGGUUGUAAAGAAAAGAAAUAUUUCACUGACUGGGUGUGCUCUACAAAUGUGGUUUUUCUGUCUCUUUUUAGCCACUGAAUGUUUCCUCUUGGCUGUAAUGGCAUAUGACCGGUAUAAAGCCAUUUCCAAUCCACUUUUAUAUACAGUCAUCAUGUCACCGAGAUUGUGUACCAGAUUGGCAAUCAUUCCUUACCUUGUGGGAAUGCUAAAUGCUACCACACAUACAACUUUAUCUUUUCAACUGACCUUCUGUCAUGGCAAUAUAAUUAACCAUUUCUUCUGUGAUAUCCCUGCAGUCAUAUCCUUAUCCUGUUCAGACACUCAGUUCAACAAGGGAAUGGCAAAAACAAACUAUACCUUGGUGUAUGAAUUCAUCCUACUUGGAUUUGCUGGGUCUCCAGAAUUACAGGUUUUGCUCUUCAUUUUCUUCCUGAUAAUUUAUUUCAUUACCUUGCUGGGAAAUUUUGCAAUGUUUCUGUUAAUUCAGAUAGACUCUCGACUUCACACCCCCAUGUACUUCUUCCUCAGUAACCUGUCAUUACUUGACCUUUGCUAUUCUUCUGUGGUCACCCCAAAGAUGUUGAUAGGUUUUAUAACAGAAAGCAAAACCAUUUCCAUAAGUGAAUGUGCAACACAAAUGUGGUUUUUUGCCUUCUUCGUGGCUGCUGAAUGUUAUCUCUUAGCAUCCAUGGCAUAUGAUCGGUAUGUAGCUAUUUCUAAUCCAUUGCUUUACACGGUUAUUAUGUCUAGGAAAACCUGUCUGUUACUCUUAGUUCCACCUUGUUUUGCUGGACUAUUAAAUGCCAUGACACAUACAGUUAUGACUUUCCAAUUAACUUUCUGCAAGUCCAAGAUCAAUCAUUUUUUCUGUGAUAUCCCUGCUGUCAUAUCCCUCUCCUGCUCUGAGACACAAAUCAACAAGAUGGUGCUUUUUAUGAUGUCCUUCACUCAUGGCUCUCUCAGCAGCAUUUUUAUUAUUAUCUCUUACAUCUAUAUUCUUUGUGCCAUCCUGAGGAUCCGAUCUGUGGAGGGCCAGCGGAAGGCUUUCUCCACCUGUUCCACCCACUUCAUUGCCGUUUCCAUCUUCUUUGUCACUCUCUUCUGUAUAUAUGUGCGGCCCAGCCAUAGUUUUCUAGCAGACCAGGGCAAGAUGUUUUCUGUGUUUUAUGCAGUGGUCAUCCCCAUGUUAAACCCACUGAUCUACAGCAUAAGGAACAAGGAAGUACAAGAUUCCAUAGGGAGAGUGAUCAGAAGAAAAAGAUUUCCAUGA